GCCGUGUUGUACAAACACUCAUUUGUUUAUACUACUCGACAUAUCUGACUGCGUUGAGAAACAAUGUGGUGUCUUUACCUCUAAUUUGUGAUUACAACUGUCGGUCGGGUGAUCGAAGGUGUCAAAAUUUAGUGAAUGGUGUUUACGGUAAGAAUCAGUAAUUAGAACCUAUGUUAUAAGUCUUACAUUCAAACGUAACAAGCUCAUAACAGCUUAUCUUCUCCGAGGUGACGCACGCGCUUACAUAUUUCAUAAAGUUCCCUAGAAUAAGGCCACUGGCAUUCGAGCUUUGACAUCUUCGAACGGAGCCAACCCUGACGUAGUAAAACAACAUUUCGUGAGGGAAUCAUUCGACAACAAACUUUUAGAAAGUUGAUCAGUGUUAUAUCAACAUUAUCGACGGAAAUCACGGGAUUUUUACCUUGUAAUCAAAUCUGGAGACAAAAACGAACAAAAUGGUUCACGAGAGUGGCACCAAUUCACUGUACAAAAAGCAAGCGUUUACCAUCGAGAGCUUAGCAAAGAGUAGCCGGGACGAGAGUCCUAAAGAAGAUAUAACACCACCGAGAGGUGAGCCAUUAUUCCGCGGCAUCAACAGGAGUCUGGAAGGAAUCACGUUUGGAUGUAUACCUCAAUUCUCUCUGACCUCACCUAACCUUGACCGUCUGACCCCCGUAUCGGAUCCGGGGUACAAGUCGCUAAACAGCACACCAUCUAAGUCAGAGGAUGUUCCGUCCAAACGCCGUCGCUGCAGUUCCGGAAGUGACGAGGCGCCAAACAGAGCUAUACCCAGCAACAGUAGCAGCACCAGUGACGUCAGCUUUGACUCCAUCAGUCCAUAUACGUCCGACACUGACGCCUGUUCAGAUGACCAGAACCGGAGGAAGAAAGCCCGCACGGCAUUCUCUAGCGAACAGGUAUAUGGCCUAGAACAGCGCUAUCAGAUACAGAAGUACCUACCUUCAUCAGAGAGGAGUAGGCUGGCCAAGAAACUCACCCUCACAGACCAACAGGUUAAAACAUGGUUUCAAAACAGACGAAUGAAAGAGAAGCGCCAUCAACGGGAUGAAGAACAGGCGCGCAACUUUUAUCUACCGACAGGUGGCGUAGAUAUCGCACAACUACACGCGAUGGGGUUGCCAUGUCCUCCGCCCUACAAGGUCCAGUCUCCGACUGUUGGACACAUGUUCUCGUCUCCUAGCAACAACGCACUGCCGGGAUACCAGUUUCAUUCUCCGGUGCAUAUGGCGUCGUCUUCCAAUGGACAAGACCGUCUUCAAAUGCAUCCUAGUUAUUUGGGAUAUUCACCGAUUAUGGGAUCGCUACCUAUGUUUCCUAGACAAUCCGCGAUUUCCCGGCAUGCAUCUUCGGUACCAACACCAUUAACCAGCACACCCGUCUCAAAAUCGCCGACGUAUAUAUGUGAGACACGGGGACGUUCUCCAGCAUGACGUCAUUUGUUAUAAAAAAGGACUAAGUUCAAAUAUAUUUACAUAUGUUAUCAUAUUAACGUAUGAUUGUUAUUUAUUUUGUUAUUCAAGUUAAUGACGUUAUGGAUAUUGUUGAUGGUGCCAAACACUGAAGAGCGAAAGCUCUUAAAUAAAAUCGAAAUCUUUAAAUAACGUGUCAUUUCAUGUUUCUCGCUGUACUUAAACUAGGAUGCUUUCAAAUUUUGAAUUACUG